UCCUUCAUAUAUGAUUUAAGUGGGUUUGGAGUUGGAGGAGGAGGCCUUAUGGGAAGACACUCUUGUUGUUUCAAGCAGAAGCUGAGGAAAGGCCUUUGGUCUCCUGAAGAAGAUGAGAAGCUUCUUAACUAUAUCACCAAACAUGGCCAUGGCUGUUGGAGCACUGUCCCUAAACUUGCAGGCUUGCAAAGGUGUGGAAAGAGCUGUCGAUUAAGAUGGAUCAAUUACCUUAGACCAGAUUUGAAAAGAGGCCCGUUCUCACAACAGGAAGAAGACUUAAUCGUUGAGCUCCAUUCAGUUCUAGGCAACAGAUGGUCACAAAUUGCUGCUCAGCUACCGGGAAGAACAGAUAACGAGAUAAAGAAUCUAUGGAAUUCGUGCAUUAAAAAGAAGUUGAAGCAAAAAGGCAUCGACCCGAACACUCACAAGCCGUAUCUAGACCAAGAAACCAACAAUAAUGGCAAGAACAACAGCCUUAUUAUCACAUCAAAUGAUCAAAAAAGCCAUGAAAAAGCUUCCCCAAUUCAAAGUCCAGACAUGUCCACCACUACUUUUGAGGCCUUUUCAAAUUUAUUCUCCCCAUCUCUCAAUUCAUGUGCUGUAGCUCCAAGUUCUACUUCUCAAGUUGUUCAUAAUACCAACAACAAUGGCUUCUUAUGGCAGCCAGAUGAGUUUCUUUCCGCUCCCUCCGACCUCAUGAGAAGUGAUUGGCAUCGUCACCCGACCCUCCAACCCGAACUCUUUUGGACCUAAACUUCACACGUACCCAUGAAAAUGUCGUCGUCCUCAUUCCUGAGAUAAACCCGUUAAUCAAUUAGAGUUUGAAGUUACUCGUACAGUCGACCUAAGCUAUAUUUGAAAGUGUGUAAAGCUCUCGUUGUUAUCUGUUAUAAUUAUUAUGUGAGACGAAGAUUUGAAAUUAUAAUAUCAUAACCAAUUGAAUUGUGUUCAU